CACUCUGUAUCUCUCUCAGACAGUCACUCUCUGCGCUAUUACUGCACGGGGGUCUUAGCUCCGGGGUCUAAACUGCCAGAAUAUUCUUCAGUCGGAUACUUGGAUGAUCGGGAGAUCGUGAAUUAUAACUCAGAGAGCAGAAAAUACCGACCGAAGGUGAAGUGGAUGGAAAAAGUGGAUCCAGGAUACUGGAAGGAACAGACUCGGAUUGCUAAAGGAAAUGAGGCUUCAUUCAGACAUAGUGUGAGGACAGUGAUGAGCCGCUUCAACCAGACCGGAGGUUUCCAUAUUGUCCAGCUGAUGUAUGGCUGUGAGCGGAGAGAUGACGGCAGCGUCACAGGAUACAGUCAGUACGGAUAUGAUGGAGGAGAGUUCAUGUCCCUGGACACACAGACGUGGACAUAUAUCCCCACCAUGUCCCAGGCUCAGAUCACCGCACAGAGAUGGAACAGUCCAGAGGCACAAAUGGGGGAGAGAACGAAGAAUUAUCUGGAGACUGAAUGUAUAGACUGGCUGCAGAAACAUGUGGAGAAUGGGAGAGAAGAUCUGGAGAGGAGAGUUCAGCCGCAGGUGAAGGUCUCCGGUCAGAAGAAAGGUGACACCAUGAUGCUUCACUGCCAGGUGUACGGAUUUCACCCCCGAGCUGUGCACGUGAAGUGGAUGAAGAACGGGGACGACGUUCCCGACUAUGAGACCACACACACCCUCCCCAAUCCUGACGGCACCUAUCAGAUCAGGGUCAGUGCGGAAGUGAUCCCCAAAGAGGGCGAGAGUUACUCCUGUUAUGUGGAUCACAGCAGCCUGGGCGAGCCGCUGAACGUUGUGUGGGAACCAAGUAAUCCGAGGGUCUGGGUCACCCCUGUGGUCGUAGCUGUGGGGGUCAUCAUUCUUCUUGCUGCUGCCAUUGGUGGAUUUGUCCUAUACAGAAGGAAGAAAGCCGACUACAAGACGACCAGCAGUGAGUAUUCUGUAUAUGUGUCUCUGAUGAGAUGUCACUAGAUGUGACCAUGACUGGUGUCCUGUGCAUAUGGAGGACAGUAUGUGGCUGUGAUGUAUAUAGUGUGAACCCUCUACUCUGCG